UCAAGAGGGUUUAAAAAGAGCAUUGUGUACUUCCAUACCUACGAGUCGAAGUUUUCAACGAGGAUCGCCGACACUGUCCAAUACCCAGGUCCAAUACAGUUGAUUAUCUUUACGUCCAACAUCUUUCCGUUGUCUCGCAGUCGCACCUCAAUAUGGCUCAGCAAACGCCCCCGGUAACAACGAUAGUACCUUUCCAGUCCCUGCCUUCAUGCGCAGUAGGCUGUGGUCCCCUUUACGAUGCCAAUGGCGCUUGUGUACCUCCCGCAGCCCCAGCUGCCGAUGAAAAUACUUACGACGCGUGUUUUUGUGCCUACAACAGUCUUCAACCGUUCAAACAGGGCGCAUCCGGAGUAUGCGACGCUGCUUGUACUGCCGAUACCGCGGGCUUAUCAAGUAUACAAGGCUGGUUCACAAGUUUCUGUAAUGAAAAGGCCGCAGCUACUGCGUCAUCAUCUUCGUCGACAAGCACAGCGACAAGUGCCGCGGGUUCAGGAAGCAAUAGUGGCGGUGGAGAUUGGAUGUCAACACAUUGGAGAUGGGUAGUCAUGAUAGUCAUUGUUGUCGUCGGCAUCGUCGGCAUCUGGAUUGGAGCAUGUAUAUGGCGUCGCAAAUACCUCAAGAAGAAGGAUCGAAUGUACGAGCUGGGCAAGGGCCUUCCCAGCAAUAUCGCGAUUAAUACCCAGGGUAAUCUAGUCGGUCCCGGCGCGAGGGAUAGCACUUACUCCAAUCCGGGCGUGUUUAUGUCCGGCUCUGCAGGUUCUGGAUAUGUGGAAAAGCCAAAGAAGGAGCGCAAGAAGUGGAAUGUUACACAACGAACAUGACCAUCAUAACAUCAACGAAAUGGUAGUCCUAUAUCAUUUAAACGACACUCCUUUUAGAUGCCAACAUGGUAUCGUUACUACCACAAGUUAUCUACUAUACUGGUCCUAUGGCUAUGGGACCAUUCCUUAGCAUAUUGUCGAUUCCGAAUUCCACAUUACGGGCGUUAAAGGUUGGAAG